CGACAGGCACAUUCUUUCAUCACUUUCUCAAACGCCACUCCUUUGCAGUGUGCAGCUGCUGUAGCUCUUAGGGCACCAGAGUCUUAUUAUGUGGAGCUGAAGAGGGAUUAUAUGAAAAAGAGGGCUAUUUUGGUGGAUGGAUUAAAGGCCGUUGGCUUUAAGGUAUUCCCACCCAAUGGAACAUUCUUUGUUUUAGCAGAUCAUACCCCUUUUGGAUUGGAAAAUGAUGUUGCAUUUUGUGAAUAUCUGCUUAAGGAGGUGGGGGUCCUGGCAAUUCCUUGCAGUGUGUUUUGCUUCAAUCCCGAAGAGGGAAAGAACCUAGUCAGAUUUGCUUUCUGCAAGGAUGAUGAGACUCUUAGGGCCGCGGUUGAGAGGAUGAAGGAGAAGCUUAGGAAAUGAUCUCAAUGCUUGAUCAAGUCCUAUGAUGUAUAUUGGAUGUUCUACAAUAUCUAGCCGUUACCAACUUCUUGUUUGCAUGUUCUUCUUCCUGGGGUCUGUGGUGGAAAAUAGGGCAUGCUAAUUGUUUUCUAAUUUUUAAAUAACUUUUCUUGAUUGUACAUCUCUUAAUGUUCCAAGUUUUCUUAUCGGUUUGAAUUUCGAUAUUUGAUGUCAUAUUACUUUGAUUGUAAGAGAGAAAUGAGACAUAUAAUUUUUAUAUUCAUUUGAUAUUAUU